UUUUCAAAAAUGUUUGUUAUGAUUCUUUAGAAAUAUCGUAAGACUAAACAAAAAAAUAUUAUAUGAUAUGUUUUGUAAAUGAUUUUUUUAUUAUGAUUAAAUAUAUUUAAAAAAUAAGGUGUAAAUUUAAACAUAAAAAGUACCAACAUUUCUUAACCUCAAUUGUUAAUAUUAUUGAAGUUCUAUAAUGAAUGGACUUACUUUUAAUGAAUAUGAUGAAGAAGAAGAUGUUGUAAUUGAGGGCAGUGAUUUACAUCAAGCAUUGAUAGAUGCUGGAUUGAGUGAUUUUGUAUGUACUCCUGUAAAAAGAACUGAAUUUAUUGAUAUUGAAGACACCAAUGAAAACUCUAAGCUUUUGGUAUUCAAAUAUGACAAAUGGUUUCCAAAUUUUCUUACGAAUAUCGUAGAUGUUUCUUGGUUGUAUCGAAAAAAUGAAUCAAAGCUACCUGAAAUAAAACAACUUAAUAUAAUUUUACAACUAGAAUCAUUGCUCAGUGAUCAUGUAGAAGAAAUUCAUCAUUUUCAUAAUCAAACUUCAUCCUUAAAUGGUUAUAAUAAAAAACCCUCACGAAUACCUAGUCUUAUAAUAAUUUCUGGCUCAAUGCUGGUCAUAGCGUGUUAUAAAUAUUUGGACUUACGUAGUAUCAAAAGUCUUAAAAAUUUUGUGUCUACACAAAAUAAUCUUUACUAUUUAUACAAGAAAAUAUUAAGAAUAUUAAAAAAUGGAUAUUGCAUAAAACUAUCUUCAAAUUCAUUACAAAGAAAAUUUAGUGAAUUAGAAGUUGAAAGACUGAAAUAUUUACAACCAAUGUGUGAAACUUUUAUCCAAUCACUAGAACAAAUAUCAUAUUUAUAUUAUCAAAAAUCGUUAUGUUUAAUUAAUUUAUAUUCCGAUUUAAAACUUAAUCAUUUAAUAACGAAAUUUGACGUUCAUCAUUUUAAACUUCAAGGAGAGAUCACAUAUGAACGUCUUAAAAAAUUUUAUUACAUGUAUAUACUUGUACAGUCAGAGUUGAUGUUACUUUUAGCUACUAUUUAUAAACAUAACUCAGAGAAUACUAAUUUUUUUCUUCAUCGAAAAUUAUCACAAGUAAUUGAUCAUUUAUCUAAAAUGUUAAAGAGAUACAGUCUAAAGUUGCAUGUUAUCGUUGAAGAUUAUAAAAAUACUAAAAUUGGACGACUUUCUUUAGAAUCACAGAAAAAACCUCAUAUUAGAUGGCAAGAUUUUUAUGCGCAUUCAGAUUUAUUAGCUCGUAAAAUCCAAUCUGCUUAUAAUAAUGUUUGUUCUGUUAUUGAUGAGAUAGACAACUGGAAUGAUUCUGAAGAAACGGAUGAAUUCUUUAAUAAACUCACAAAAAAAAUGGAAACAAUAUAUAAAGAAAUUGAUACUGCAAGAAAUUUUGCUGAGUUUAAUAUUCUACUUAUCAAUAAAUACAGAAAUCCUCGACAACUAACUUAUUCUGAAUUAAAUAAAAAAUCUGCAAUAAAUGAUAAUGAAAAUGAAUUACUUGUAGUAUAUGAUGAAGAUCCAUUUAUUGUAGAUGAAGUAUUUGAAGAAUAUAUAAAGGAAGAAUAUUUUAAACCAUUAUAUGAAGAUCAUAAUCCUGAAUCACUUGAAAAAAUAAAGUUAGAUAAACUUCUUGCCAAAAAUUUUAUGAGUGAGCUAAAAGAAGUUUUAAUUGAUAAAUACUUAUCUAUGUCUGAAAGAGAGGCAAAAGCACUUUUGCGUUUCAAAGAUAAAUAUUUAGUAGGGAAAAAUAAUGAUAAUGAAGUACCAGUUGAACCACAAAGAAUACCAGAACCUCCUCCUUUACCAAAAACUCGAGAUGAUUUAGGCUUUAAUGAAAAUCAAGAUAUUUGUGAACCAUUAUUAGGUUUGAAGAAAUUUCAAACGUGUUCCGACAGUGACGUUAUGAAUGAGAUUUCAAAGUCUAAUGAUACAAAAAAAUGUAUUUUAAAUGAGAAAUUAUUCUCAGAGCAGCAGGAAACCGAAAGAAGACCACCGAUAGGUAUUAAUCUUCGUGAUAUUCAAUUACCUGCAUUUAUAGUAAUGGAAGAAACAUUUACUGGUAGUGGUGAAAAUUCUGAUGAAGAAUUAAUUCAAAGUGAUAAUCAAAAUGUAAAUAAUGAUUAAUUAUUUCAAGUAUCAA